CUGUCAGCCAUUUUGUUUUGCGGUGAGGUAUUUAGAGCAGCAAACGGAGACUGAAUCCUGUCAGUGAAAGCAGCAGCCGGGAGAGAAGACGGUCCGUUUCCCUUCUACCUCUUUCCCCUGUAGUUUCGUUCAUAAUAUCUUCCCUUUCCCCCGGACUCUAUUGGAAAGUAAAUUAUUUACAUUUAUUUUUUAUAUCUAACAAGUGAAUUCAGCGCACCGACAUAAUGUCAGCGACCAGCGCCGCUCCCGAGUACUCCGCCUUCUUCGCUGUCAUGGGCGCCUCUUCUGCCAUGGUAUUCAGUGCAUUGGGAGCCGCAUAUGGAACGGCGAAGAGUGGUACUGGUAUUGCAGCCAUGUCUGUCAUGAGGCCUGAGCUAAUCAUGAAGUCCAUCAUUCCAGUUGUCAUGGCUGGUAUCAUAGCUAUUUACGGCCUUGUAGUGGCAGUGCUUAUAGCAAACUCACUGACAGUGGAUAUUACAUUAUACAAGAGCUUCCUACAGCUGGGUGCUGGCUUGAGUGUAGGUCUGAGUGGACUGGCUGCUGGCUUUGCUAUUGGCAUUGUUGGAGAUGCUGGUGUUCGGGGUACAGCACAACAGCCCAGGCUAUUUGUCGGCAUGAUCCUGAUCCUCAUUUUUGCUGAAGUCUUGGGGCUGUACGGGCUGAUUGUGGCUCUUAUCUUGUCCACAAAAUAAAAAAUCUUCCCUUCCUAACUCUGGAAAUCACCACUUACAAAUGGUUUUAUCUCAUGUGUACAGUCAUCCUCCACCCACCUGAUUCAGUAGUUUCUUCCCUCCUGUAACUGCGCAAGUGUAAGUGACUGUGUGUAACCUUUUAGCUAUAUCCAUCAGUUGGACUUCAGGGCAUCAACGUCCUGACACGAGGGUUGUGGGCAGAAAUCCAGCAUCCACAAUCUCCUUACUCCCUUCUGCGUGCAGUGUUUUCCUGUUCCAUUUCCCAAGCUUUCCUAUGAAGAACCUUGUAUAAAUAUGAAAUAGAAUUGUAAUUUUGCCCCUUUUCACAUUUUAUUUAUAAAAAAUUCCAUUGUCAAUACUUAAAUGGCCACAUUUCUUUCCCUUCUCUGUAACCUAUCCCAUAUUUGCCCUUUGCUACGCUUCUAUAUUAUAUAUAUUUAAUCUUUAGCUGUAUAUCUGUGUGGGGGUUUCCUUGUAAGUGCUGAGAAUUCCCUGGAUGUAAUAAUUUGAUUCAAGAUUGUUGUACUGUUCUGAUGUUGGAGUGAGGUCUCAAUUUUUUUGUUUUAUAGUUUGUUUUUUUUCUUUUUUUGUUUUAAUACAAGGAGAAAAAAUAAAUUUAUUCCCGUCCGUGUUAACUGGUGACCAGAACACAAUUUUAAAAACCAUGACCAGUAUGGAAAAGGUGUUCCCUGUGCUGGGUUUCAGUUGCACAUUUCCAAAUAAAACAUCUCCAAUAAA